UGCCAUCCAGGUCACGCAGCGGCUGCUGUGGAUCUCUCUACUACACGGCGUGGAGGGGAGGGGCUCGCCUCGUCCUCCUGCGUGUAUGUGUGCGUGGCUCUCUCGUGCAAGUCACACGUCUGCGGUGUAUGUAGAGGAGAGAAUCGCUGAGCGCAGCCGCGAGGAGGGCUCUCCCCUGUCACGGAGCAUCGGAUGCCGGUUGUGCAGAUUUCGUUCCAGUCAUGAGGCCCUCCCAUCCCGGUUGUUCUCUUGCAUCGCAUUCAACAUCCUGCAGCGGGGGCGAGGGGAGCACACGCCUUCUAGCUGAGUACAUGAACGCUGUGGCUCUUUCGACACUGCACAUAUGAACAGCUAGCGCCUCCUUCUUUCCCUCGUUUCCCUCUCAGUCUUUCAUUACACGCUCAUUCUGCUAACCACCCUCCGCCUUUUUCAUAUUAUGACGCUCGAUAACGGAUACUUUAGCACUACUAUUCCUCUGUCGACUGCCAAGGCCACCACCCCAGGCGUCCAGUCUGAUGUGCCCGUGGCGACCCUGCCGACUCCCCUGAAGCGCGUCGUCUCUGGCGCCGCCCUCAAGGAGCUGCUGGCGGGCUCGGCCGGCCAGCCCAAGACCCCCAGCCACGGCGAUGCCGAGUUCCGUGACUACACGCACUACGAGCUGCCCCGCGAUCUGGUCACCAUCAAGAACACGGUCAUCAUGCACCUGUCGGCCACCUUUCUGCGCACCCCCUCCAGCAUCGACUCGGCCCACGCCUACCUGGCCAGCGCCUUUGCCGUCCGCGACCGUCUGCUGCAGCGCUGGAACCUGACCAACGAGUACCACGACCGCAUCAAUGCCAAGCGCAUCUACUACAUGUCGCUCGAGUUCCUGAUCGGCCGUACCUUUGACAACGCCCUUCUGGCGCUCAACCUGCGCGAGGAGUACUCCAAGGUGCUGGGCAAGGUCGGCUUCAAGCUCGAGGAUAUCAUUGACGAGGAGCGCGAUGCUGCUCUCGGCAACGGCGGCCUCGGCCGUCUGGCAGCCUGCUACGUCGACUCGAUGGCGUGCAAGGACUACCCCGGCUGGGGCUACGGGCUGCGCUACAAGUACGGCAUGUUCCAGCAGCAGAUCAUCAACGGCUACCAGGUCGAGGCGCCCGACUGCUGGCUCGACACCCCCAACCCCUGGGAGUUCCCGCGUCCCGACGUCACGUACCCGGUCAAGUUCUACGGCCAUCUGGUGCACGACCCGACCAACCCGCGGCGCUUCAAGUGGGAGAGCGACGUUGUGUACGACGCCAUGGCCUUUGAUGUGCCUGUCCCGGGCUACGGCACCAAGAACGUCGGCAACAUCCGCCUGUGGAGCUGCAAGACCAACCACCUGUUUGACCUCAACAAGUUCAACUCGGGCGACUAUGCCGGUGCCACCGGCGGCCAGGUUGCCGCCCAGGUUCUGACCGACGUGCUGUAUCCCAACGACAACACCAACGAGGGCAAGGAGCUGCGUCUGCGCCAGGAGUACCUGUUCUGCUCGGCCACCCUGCAGGACAUUAUUGCGCGCUUCAAGAAGACCGGCAAGCCCUGGGUCGAGAUGCCCGACCUUGUCGCCAUCCAGCUCAACGACACCCACCCGACCCUGGGCGUGCCCGAGCUGAUGCGCAUCCUCAUCGACGAGGAGGGCCUGGAGUGGGACGCCGCCUGGGACAUCACCAAGCGCGUGUUUGCGUUCACCAACCACACCAUCCUGCCCGAGGCCAUGGAGAAGUGGCCGGUCCCCAUGCUCGACAAGAUCCUGCCCCGCCACAUGGGCAUCAUCUACGACAUCAACCUGUUCUUCCUGCAGGAGGUCGAGAAGCUGUAUCCCAACGACCGCGACCUGCUGCGCCGCAUCUCCGUCAUCGAGGAGUCGAACCCGCAGCAGGUGCGCAUGGCGUACCUGGCAUGCGUCGGCUCGCACAAGGUCAACGGUGUCGCUGCCAUCCACUCGGACAUCAUCAAGCAGACCAUCUUCUCUGACUUUGUCAAGGUGCAGGGCGAGGACAAGUUCAUCAACAAGACCAACGGCGUGUCGCCGCGUCGCUGGAUGAACGAGUGCAACCCGGCCAUGAGCGCGCUGAUCACCGAGGUCGUCGGCGACAGCUCGUGGAUCAACGAGCUGACCAAGAUCAAGGCCAUUGAGGCCAAGGUCGACGAUGCCGACUUCCGCGAGCGCUGGUGGGCCGCCAAGCAGCAGGCCAAGGCCCACCUGGCCGAGUACAUUCUCAGCACUACCGGCAUCAAGGUCAACCCGAACGCCCUGUUCGAUAUCCAGGUCAAGCGCAUCCACGAGUACAAGCGCCAGUUCAUGAACAUCCUCAGCGUCAUCCACCGCUACGGCCAGCUCAAGAAGAUGUCUGCCGAGGAGCGCGCCAAGCAGCUCCACCGCGUCGUCAUCUUCGCCGGUAAGGCUGCGUCGGGCUACUGGGUUGCCAAGCAGGUCAUCAAGCUGAUCAACUCGGUGGCCGAGGUCAUCAACAACGACGAGGAGAUUGGCGAUGUCCUCAAGGUCGUCUUCAUCCCCGACUACAGCGUCACCGCCGCCGAGUCCAUCAUCCCGGCCAGCGACAUCUCGCAGCACAUCUCGACUGCUGGCACCGAGGCGUCGGGUACCUCGAACAUGAAGUUCUGCCUCAACGGCGGCAUCAUCCUUGGCACUGUCGACGGCGCCAACAUCGAGAUUGGCGAGGAGGUUGGCGAGGAGAACAUCUUCUUCUUUGGCUGCCUUGCCCACGAGGUCGAGGACUUCCGCCACUACCUGCGCUUCCACCAGCCCAAGCCGGACGAGGCGCUGCAGGCUGCGUUCGACCUCAUCCAGGCCGGCACUUUCGGCGAGGCCCACAUCUUCCAGCCGCUCAUCGACUCGAUCCUGCGCGGCGGUGACGUGUACCUGCUGUCUGUCGACUUCCCCUCGUACAUCCAGGCCCACCAGGCCGUCGAGGAGGCCUACCGCGACCACGACGAGUGGAUCACCAAGUCCAUCCUCAACGUUGCCCGCAUGUCCAAGUUCUCGUCUGACCGCUCCAUCCAGGAGUACGCCGAGGAGGUCUGGAACAUCGAGCCCCUGCCUGUCGAUAACUCCAAGGUCUAA